UGGCUGUCGUAUCUAUGUUUCAAUUAUUGUAUUUCCUGCCUGAUUUCGAUGCAAAGGUUUCGAACGCGCCUGCAUCUACCAGGAUCGACCCAAAUAGCUCAGAAGCAGCUAGAAAUCACAGUCUAGGGGUUUUUGGCACACGCCGGUCUAUCAAUCAGUUAUGUACUAACACCGAGUAGUUCGAGCGCGUCUUCGCAAUAGGCAGUUCUUACAGUCCCGGUGGACGGAGAGCAAUAGUCUCUGGCUCUUUGUGGACGGGAUUUCGGACCGAAUUCAUGGGCAUGGUCGCAGAAGAUCACAAUGAUCCCGAAGAAAGUUCUAAUGGCAGCGAUAAAAUCGUGGGUGGAAGUUUAACAGGGAUGGGUACCUUUCAUGCACACCUCAAUGCGAUUCAAAGGGUGGCGAGAGAGAAGAUCGCAAGUGCACUAAUACUAGAGGAAACCGUCGACUGGGAUGUCAAUCUGAAAAUGCAACUGAAGGGGUUUGCAUCAGGGGUCAAGCUAAUGCAGGGAAGCAAUGCGACUGUGGAGUCACCGUAUGGGGAUCGCUGGGAUCUUCUCUGGUUGGGCCAUUGUGGGAUGAAAUGCGCGACCGAUUCCACUAUCCUUCUGACGCCGCAUGACAUAACAGCGGUUCCAAGUCGAUAUCUGGAUUUCUAUCAGAGAGAACCACCAGCAGGAGUCAAGAACCAGAUGCGCUUGGCUUGUCAGGUUGAAGAAGUGGUGGGUAGUUUAGCAUAUGCCAUCACGUUUGAAGGCGCACAGAAGCUCCAUGCUGCUCUUUCGGUGGUAAUUGCAAAAGAAGAAAAUUUGGAUGUGGUGGUCAGUCGGCUUUGUCGGGCUGGAACCUUGAAAUGCUUCUCCAGCUACCCUUCUCUGUUGGGUGGGAGAAAUCCUGGCCACAAACUGGCGCAGAACAACCCGAAAGAUGCCGACUUCAACGAAGAAUGCUCACCCGGAGGUAUCAUGUUUAGCACCCUCACUAACUUGGACCGCCCGUCCAAUGACACAGUCACAGUACGUGCGGCGUAUCACGAUGUAGUGGUCCAAGAAAUCGACCCCGAUCAGUUCGAGAUACCACACGCGAUGUUGAAGUGGCGGGAUGGUCAAGGAGAGCACGAGCUUGCUUUGUGACUCCGACUGAAGAUUGAUCGCCAACAUAACAACAGGGACUUUCGGCCACCAGAAUUGAGGUCGCAAUAUUUUAACUUGGGUCUCCAGAAUCUUGGCAGUUUACAUGUCACUUUCGAAGGGAAAUAGAUUAUGUAUACUUGAUCUUGGACUCUAUCGGUAGACUAUAUAAGACUCUUGUCCCAG